CACCUGAAAACCAGGAUAUCGGUUACGUGUCGCCUCACCUAGGCCUAUUCAUUGCGGUCCAUCACUGUGACGACUGAUACCGAGCGAGAGCUGCGGAGAGGAUACAAGCACAUCGAAGCCCCUGCUGAAAAAAGGGGGUGCUGGUAGUUUAAGAGUAGGCUACUCUUGGCAGAAGUUACUGCUCAAUCAGCCAAUCUCCGAAUUCAAUCUAAGUGAACUGCUUAUAGUUGCUUGGACAUUUAUUGUAUUAUCAUCAACGUCGAGGUUGACAUUGCAGUGGGAAACGAGAUCUGAUAGGCUCUAAUAGGGAUUAACGCUCUUCGUCUUUCGUCGGUGUCCACCUGGUUAAUCUGUACCUCCGUUUAACGAUUUAAGAAGAUGCCUGUUCAAAUUCCGGACGAUAAAGAUUUCAUCUCUUUCAAGGAACAGUGCGAGAGCCAAGAAGGAUGGAUAGCUCGCUACAACAAGGGAGGCGUGACAGUAUGGUGCAGGGCUGAAGAGAGUAAAACUGUUCAGAAACUGAAGAUGAGAAUAGUGUGCAAGGAUGUGACAGCAGAGACUCUUUACGAUGUCCUCCACGACACGAGCUACAGGAAGAAGUGGGACAGCAACAUGAUUGACACCUAUGACAUCGGCAGACUCACUGUCAAUGCAGACGUAGGAUAUUACUCCUGGAAGUGCCCAAGCCCAUUGAAGAACAGAGAUUUUGUCACCAUGCGAUCCUGGCUCCCUCUUGGCAACGACUACCUGAUCAUCAACUACUCUGUCAAACAUCCGAAAUAUCCACCCAAAAAGGACUAUGUCAGAGCUGUGUCACUGCAGACCGGUUACCUGAUCCAGUCCAACGGAGCCAGCUGCUGCACCCUCUACUACCUCACCCAAAUGGAUCCUAGAGGUUCCCUACCUAAGUGGGUGGUGAAUAGGGUGUCUCAGUUUGUUGCUCCUAAGGCCAUGAAGAAGAUCUACAAGGCCUCCCAGAAGUAUCCAGAGUGGAAGCGGAAACACAACCCCAACCUGAAGCCGUGGAUGUACCCCGAGCAGAACACCCUGCCCUGCAUAAACGUGGCCGACCUAACCAUCCAGAGAGCCGACUCCCUGGAGAACAUUGACGAGAGCUGCCUAAACGAGGAAAAAGCACAACACAGCGACGAUGAAGAGACUUAAACUACCCCACAAUCUGACUGUCUGUACAUAAAAUAUACUGGAACCUGUGUGCGUUGUGUGUGUGAGGGUGGGUGUGUAUACACAUGUACUGUACAUGUUUGACCUAUUAUUUUGACCUGCAAAUUUUGAGCCUCACUGCAACGUUCUGUUUUAUUUCCGGGGUGGAAACUGUACAGAGAAUAAAGUCAGGGGUUUUUAACUCUAUAUUUUAAAAAAGCAUGGUGAUUUGGGACAGAAGAUGAAAUAUUUUGAUAAAUAUGAAAUAUUUUGUGAAAUAUUCAAAUAGCUUACAAAUAUGCUAGCUGCUAUGUGCAUCCUGAAUGUCCAUACUGUGUACUAAAAUGGACCGCAUCUUCAUUAGGUAUGUCCAUACUGUAACAUAACAUAUGUUAUUGUUUCUAGUUAUGUCAAAUUGGGAUCCUUAUCAAUAUUCAGUGUUCCAUAAUACUUUAAUUUGUUUAUCUUUGUUUGAUUUGACUAACAGCUUUCUCAGAAGACAUUGACAUUGUAUGCACAGGCCUGAAGUGCUUUCUAGUGGUAGACAUGUGUAACAGUUCUACUUCUCCGGAAGUCAUGAGUGUUGGAACAAUGGAAUGUGUCCAUUUGUAAGGAAAUGAAUUACCACAAAGACAAAAUUACUUUUGUACAGUGGCCUACUGAGGUAUCUGAAGUUAAUGGGUCAAUUGCAGCAAAAAAUAUAAAAAAUAAACAGAAAAACCUGACUGAUCAGUGUUUUGGAACACACUUUCAAGGUCAUUAUGUUGUUGUUGCAGUCAUACCUUGGCAAUGCGUGUCCUGAUUAAGUAUCAAAGAUAUUUCCUUAUCAAUAAAGUUUUUAUUUC